AGAUUCAAUUACGGAGUAGGCAAGGAAUGAGCAUAGAGUCAAAAGGGAAAAGGUUGACGGGAGAGGGGAAGGCUUCUUCAGGGAAAAAGAAUAGCGGAUGGAGACGCGAAAGAGAAGACGGAAUGGAGGGAGAGGAGAGAAAGUGAAAGAGAGACAGAGACAGACAGAGAGAGAGAGAGAGAGAGAGAGAGAGAGAGAGAAAGAGAGAUGAAAAGGGAGUUUGAUGUAAAAAAAAAGAACAAAAUGGGGAGAGAAAUAAGAGGGGGAAGAGAAGUAGAGUUGCCAGAGUUCCGAGAUAAAGGAUAAUCGAGAGAUUCGGAGAGAGGAAGAUUCGGAGAAGCUUCCAUGAAGAGGAAAAAGAAAGAAACGCUAAACGGUAGAAAAGGAAAGCGAAGAAGAUAGAAAGAAAAGAGAGAGACAAUGGCUACCUUCCGCUUUCAGCUUAUCACAGAGAAGAGGAAUAAAGAGAUGGUAGAAUCAGGAAGGGUGUGCAACAGAGGGAUAACGCGAAACAGGCGAGGCGCAUAGGAGCAAAAGGACGAAGGGGAAGUUCGUAGUUAUGUUAGGGUAACCCCAGCUGGUAACCAGAACGGGAAGGGGGCUCGGUGCCGUCGUGAGAGCGGCAAUUCAAUAUCUCUAUGUUAGUGCGAGGUACGUACUAUCCGGUCAGAGAAGGGGGGGUAGAGAGGCGGAGAGGGGAGAGAGAAAGAGAGAAAAGGAGGGAAGAUAGAAAGAGAAGAGCGGGGAGAAGGGAAAGCAAGUGAGGAGGUACAGCCAGAGAUGGUGGGAGAAAAAUGAAGGGGGAACAAGCGAAUGCAUGUAAAACGAAGAGAGACGAGGAGAGACGAGCUGACGAACCGACAGAAUUGGUCGCAUCAGAUGCGAAAGAUAGGGAAGAGAGACGGUGAUGGUGAGAGUGAGGGUAGGGAACCGAACAAGCGAACGAGUGGAAGGAUAGGGGGGAAAACGGAUUAGAAGGGUCGGAAAGGACGGGAGGGGAGAGGACCCGCAGAGGAAAGGGCAGCUCCUGCUCCACUCUCCCAUUUAGUUCGGUAUGAAAUGUCGUCGAUGGAACAUACUGUUGCGCGCGCUCUUUUUUCGCCUAUCUUUGUUGCCCUGCGUUGAGAGUGACUGCAAUCGUGCUGUUAGUUGGCGAGCGCGCCGUGGGGCGCUGUCCGUCGUACUCGUAAAUUCGUGGCCGCCCUACGUGCCACAAUUUCCUUGUCAGAGCUGUUCUGCACUAACGUUUCUCAUUAGUUCUGAAACGGUUGCUUCCUGGCGCAAACCGACGCAAACAUGGGAUAUUCGGAUCGCAGCCGAUCGGUUCGAGAAUGACGCGUAUAACGAAUGGCGAAAUCACGCCGUACCACGCAACAUCAUAGGCUGGCCAUUCUGCACAAAGAAAGACCGCCAAAGGAGGAGGGGACUAUAUUUCACGAUUUAUUUGCACGAAGAAAUGGCUAAUAUUGGCAAAAGGACACUUUUACGUGAUGUUAAUCCACAUCUAAUUUGUUUAUUAUGCCGGGGCUAUCUUAUAGAUGCCACAACCGUAGUAGAAUGUUUACACUCCUUUUGUAGAAGUUGCAUCUUGAAAUAUCUCAGUACAGCAGCACACUGCCCAUCAUGCAAACAUGCGAUCAACAAAGCGAAGCCAAAUAUCAAAGCUGACAAGACGUUACAAGAGAUUGUUUAUAAAUUGGUGCCUGGAUUAUACCAUAAGGAAAUGUUAAAAAGAAAGGAAUUUUAUAGGAAGCAUCCUGAACAUGUAAUCUCGGCAACGCCGGAGCAACGCGGCGAGGAUGUAAGUGGACGUUUGAUAUUUAACCCAGAAGAUGUAGUAAGUUUGAGCUUGGAGUACUUACCACCAGGAGCAGAUCCAUUAACUAUAUUGAGUACCAACGAUAUAGAUACAAACAACUUGAGCAAUACCAACACUGUUAACAAUAAUAACAGUAAUUACAAUAAUAAUAUUGCUAAUAGCAGAAGAUAUCUGCAAUGUCCAGCCCUGGUAACUGUUGCACACUUGAAAAAAUUCAUAGCAAUGAAAUACAGCGUUGACUUAACGAGAUACACCAUCGAGAUUUGUCAUCGACGUGCAACCCUUCCCGAAAACUGGACUCUUAUGGACGUCGCUUAUAUUUACGCAUGGAAAAGGAUUGCACCGAUGAGAUUUUUCUAUCGAGUGGCGCAAGAGGAACAAAAACUAGAAGCACCGGUGCAUCAAAGACCAUCAACUCCGGGACUCGGAGCUAGGGAUUGUUUGCCACCAAAUGAGGCGCGGAACGACAGUAACCUAGAGAAUCCUAUUAAUUAUUUGGAAACUUCUAAAGUAGAAACUAAACUUACGAGUGACAGUAUUGAGACAAUGUCAACAAAAGAUUUGAACAAAAUUGACAGUUAUGAAGUAAUUUCACCAACUGAUUACAAACAAAAAACAAAAAUCGAGAAAAAUGAAUUAAAAAUGACAAUGACGACUAUAUCUGCAACAUCAUCAUUAACAACAACGACAACAACAAAUGCCACAGGAAUGCCGACCACAUCUCCCUCAUCAGGAGCGAACGCGUCUUUUUCUCCAACAUGUAACGAUUCAAACAAGCAGAUAAAGAGUCCAAUUAAGAUAUUAAAAAAUUCGGAAGGAAAAUACGAGGUGCUGAAAAGUCCGCUUGCUGCUACUCUAACGGAUCUCAAGAAUCCCAAAUCCAACGAAUGUCCUACGAAUCCCGAAUUUAGUGUCGUAAAUUCUAACGGUGUAAAGAUAACGUUAAAGCAGUGCUCGCCGCCGCAGAAUAGUAGCGCGAAGAAACCAAAAGUUAUCAGCAAUGUUCUGUUGCGUUGCGGCAAAAUGGAGAAAAAUAUAUCGCAGCCGUCAGGCUUAAUGAUACAGCAAAUGCAAAAACAACAACAACAAGAUAAGGAUAAACUUAUCACAAUAAGUCCGAUGUCGGGUAAACAGGAGAAGCAUCGGCGUAAAGUAACUUUCGUGGACCAAUCUCCGACAUCUGAGAAAGUUUCACCUACUACCAGCAUUACCAUGCCGAAAACCGCAUUGAAAAAACCGGCGGAACAACAAGACAAAAAACAAUUUCUACAAGGUUUUCAAUUGACUGCUAAAGAACCAUCAGACGAUGGCAAGUUGAAAUCUCCCGUUCAAGAUAAUAGUGUUGUGAGCACCAUUAAAUCUUUUCAAAAGAGUAAUGCAAUACCGAAGAUAGAAGAAUUCUCUAACAAAGACAUUGACAAUAUCAAUAAGAAGAAUAACAUUGAAAAUACCGGUUCGAAUGCGAAUAAUAGCACUACCACGACAAAUAUGCUCACAAAAUGUUUUACUGGAGUAUCCGCCAACUUACAAACAUACACACCUAAAACCGAUGACGUAGAUGGACAGGCGUGUAAUUCAAAAACGAGUCCAAACUGCAUGAACAUUGCAAGUGGCAACUAUGCCGCUAAAACAGACGUAUAUACUUUUUCCAGCGAUCCACCAAUUGUUCCAGUUGGAGCAGUUAAGAGGAAGUGUCCUCCGGGUGUACCAAUUGCCGACCUGAAACGUCGAAAAACAUCGCAAGUCAUGCAGAAGCAGGAAACUAACAAGAGACAAAAUGUUUCUUCCUAUAAUUCCAUUGUUAGUAAACUGCCGCAUACAUCUUCUUCAGAGCAUGUAGUUCCUAUAAACAAAACAAUCAAUAUGAUAGGAGAUCACGAUGCCGGGUCGAGUCGUGUAGCCAGCGUUAACACGAAAACAUCGACUGGUCCAUUGCUUUCAAAUGAUACUAGAGAUCUGCUAGUAGACGGCUAUGGUUUGAAUAUUCCGGCGAGUUUAAGCAUAACAUUAACUUCACCCAAAUCUCCUGGAUCUUCUGGGCAAUUUGUUGAACCCAACGACUCUAAUGACAAUAGAAAACCUGUUUUGGGCAAAGUAAAUCCCAGCAUUACGUUGAAUGAUCGUUCGGUUGAUCCACGAGUGUUGAAGGCUUUGAAGACUGGGCAGAUCAGAAUGCCAACUACUUCUUCGAAAGCUAAAUCAACAGCGAUAGUAACGACAACGGCAGCAGUAGCGACAAAGCAGACGGUGACAACUGAUCGUAGAGAGGCAGUGAAUCAACAACGUACAACACCAACAACAUACAAUACCAAACGGAAGAAAGAACACGAAUCGUCUAAAGACAUUCUGGACUUGAGCGGGGGUAAUAAAAAGAUGGACAUACAUCCUCUUAGAAUUCCACAGCCAGUAACAAAACUUAACAAGACCAAUAAAGUCACAAGUAGAAAUAAUAUGCAGUCGGAAGGUAUCUCCAACCAAGGUCAAGUAGUAACGCUUAUGGGUGGUCACAAGUAUUACAGAGCACCACCAGGCUCUUUGACACCUGCUGCUCAUCGUGUUAACGAUUGUCCGCUACCUUCUCCAUCACGUACACCUGUUUAUGCGCCGUCUUUCGGUAGUAUUAACCGAUCAAAUUCAGAUCUUUCAUCUGUCUUUCCGAGCUUACCGAGUCUUUAUGCUCUUCAUCAAGCGCCAAACCUUCAACAGUUUCAAAUAGAUGCAACACGGCUAAGAUUAUCAUCGCGAUCUGCCGCAGAAGGUGGAGCAACAACUGCGAUUGGAAAUAGUGAUAACGCUAAUUCCAAUAUUGGUGUUAUACCAGGGAAGAGUCAUCUGGCCGCUCAGUGUGCACCCGUUAAGCCCGCAAGAUCUUCUGUGGCACCUUUAGCGGUUCCCAUCAACAAACAACAACUCACUGAAAAAUCUACGAAUAUUAGCAUCAAUCGAACAGUCCCAGUUGACCCAAAUAAGCCUUCGGCUUUUUGUAACGAUAUUUUUGGAUCUACAGAUGAAACUUCUUGUGCUCAAAAGAGAUAUUCCUUAAAUGUUGAAAGCACAAAUAAAUUUUUAUCGAAAAGUGAAUGUAUAAAAAAUAAUGAUCAAGUUACCAAUGAUAUAGCUACAGACUCGAACGCAGAAUCCAGAAAUAAAACAGUUAAUAAUUCGAUGCAACAGCAAGAGCAACAGCAUCGUGAAGCAACGAGUCCUAAUAUCGUAUCAUCAACGGCUUCACCGUCACCGCCUCCUGUCAAUGGUGGCAUAAAUGUAACGAAUGAGAGGAGCGCUAACAAUGAUAAUGGCAUUGUUAACAACAACGAUUCGAAUGGAGUUAAUAACACGAUGCCUCGAACGGAAGUAAUAACGUCUGAUCAAACGAAGAGCACUAGCUCCGAGAUGACAUGCAACAAGUCACCAGAUAGUCCGGAUUCUAGUUCGAUCACCGUAGAUAAUUCUGAGACGAGCAAGAGCUUGACCCUAACAGAUCGGAAAAUGUCAACAAACGCCCAGUCAUCGGAUUCGACAAAGGCUGUGGAGUCGGCCAUAAAUCCAGACAAUAGUACCGUAGACGAUUCGACCACUAUUGACGACAAAAACAAGUUAACUAAUAAAUCGGAAGCAAGUGAAAUCGCAAAACAAUUGACUUCCGUGCAAAAAAAAUUGCUAGCAGUUUUUCCUUCAACUGAAUGGAAUCCUAAAGUCGCUGAACAUUUAGGAAACUUUCUCAUAAGUUUGAACGCCACUAUAAACGAAGGAUUCACCGAAGGAUCCAAGAUGGAGAAAACUGAUCAGAAAACCAGUAAUGAUGAUAAUGAGAAUCGGUAAUGACAUUUUCGUGAAAUUGAAAAAUUUUCCAAGGUAAUUUCAAGCGAGCGUAAUGUCUUCUGCAAAAUGAUACGUCCACGCGGUAUUUAAAAUUUAUGUGACAACACAAGAUUUUAUAUUUUGACAAAUUGAAGACUUUUAGUUUCUUUCAACUUGAUUAGGUUAUAAGCUGGAAGUUUGAAUCUCAUUUAAAUUAUCUUUUAUGCAGAAAAUAUCGAAAGGAAUAUGUGGCACGCCAAGCACAGAAUAAACUCUGAGAUACUGCCAUGCAAAUCGAAAAAUAAAUAAAAUUAUUUUUAACUGAAAUGUAUAUAGUUAAUUACAAUUCACGCAGUGUAAAAGGAGAAAAAGAUAGACUUCAUCUUACAGAUGAAAACAAUAGUACGUUAUACGAUAUACGUAUAUUAUAGAAUACAAGAAAUAUGUAUUGCAAAGAAGCUAGACAGUAGACCGAGAAUCGUAUUUUUUCAAAUUUUUUAAAUAUCAUCUUUUACAUAUUGAAAUGAUCUGUAUAAAAAGUAAUCUAUACAGAUUACACACACAUUACUAGUCCAAAUACUUGUAACAUUCCGAAAGAAAGAAACUGUUAUAUUUUAUCGUGAGAAUUUUCUUUGCUGAUGCAUAUAUACAAAAAAA